AUGUCUUGUGUACAUGAAUUAGCAAAAUUGUUAGAACAAAAACCGGAGAAAACAAGUGGAAAAACUGUUAGUUUAUGUCGUUCAAAUACCGAACUGGAUGAUUUUCAACUUUAUGAUAAAUUUUAUAAUUUGCCUCCAAUUGAUCCUAUUUUACAAGAAAAGAAACCAUGGAAACAAGAUGUGAAUUAUUUUAAGAAAACAUAUAUUUCAUCAUUAGCAUUGAUGAAGAUGUGUAUUCAUGCACAAUUAGGAGGUUCAAUUGAAGUUAUGGGGAUGUUGAUUGGGAAAAUUGUUAAUACUAAUAUUAUUGUAAUGGAUGUUUAUCGAUUACCAGUUGAAGGAACGGAAACUAGAGUUAAUGCACAGAAUGAAGCAUAUGAAUAUAUGGUUAGAUAUUUACAAAAUAAUCAAAAUUUAGGUAAUAGAGAUGAAAAUAUUGUUGGAUGGUAUCAUUCACAUCCAGGAUACGGAUGUUGGUUAAGUGGGAUUGAUGUUAGUACACAAAGUUUAAAUCAAGGAUUUCAAGAUCCUUAUUUAGCUAUUGUUGUUGAUCCUGUUAGAACUUUAAAAUCUGGUAAAGUUGAUAUUGGUGCAUUCAGAACAUAUCCUGAUAAUUAUAAACCAACUAAAGAAGGGAAUAAUGGAUCUAAAAAAGUUGGGAAUUUACCAAAAUCUAAAAGAAAAGAUUUUGGUAGUUAUUCAGAUAAAUAUUAUAGUUUGGAUAUUGAAAUUUUCACUAGUGCUUUGGAUGAUAAAGUUUUGAAUUUAUUGAAAGAUGAAGAUUCAUUAAGUUGGAUAAAAAAUUUAUUGACCAAUGGGAAUGAAGUAAUGGGUAUUAAAGAAAAAGAUAUUAAAUCAAUUGAAUUAACCAAGAAUUACGAAUUGAGUCAAGAUAAUGCAGACGAUGAUAAUAUAUUUACAUUAAUUGAUCAAUUGAAGAAAUUAAAUGGUACUAAAAUGUCUACCAAUAGAUUGAAUACUCGUAAGUUAGCAUCUAAUUUUGAGAGCGUAUUGUAUAAAAAAUUGUUGAAGAGAUCAAAAAAGUCCAAGAAGAACAAGAGUGAAGUUGAGAUUCCAGAUGAUGAAAUAAUUGAUGAAAGUGACUUGGAAAGGAAUACUGAUUUGAAAUCAGGAGGUGCAGGCACUGCUUCUGAUGCUGAUGAUGUUAUAUCCAAAUACGGGGAUGAUGAUGAUGAAGAUGAAGAGCAGGAGGAGGAGGAGGAGGAGGAAGAAGAAGAAGAUGUUGAUGAUGUAGAGGAAGAAGUUGAGGAUGGAGAUCUGGAUGAAGAUAUGGGACGCGACGAUGACCGAUUGUUAAGAGAGGUUGAUGAUUUGGCAAGGUAUAAUUUGAGAGAGUCGUAUGAUACGGAUUCUGUACCACUUGAUGAUAGUUAUGAUAUUAGAAAAAGAAUGGAAUAUCUUUCGAAAAAUCACAAUCAAUACCAAAGAUACGGGUCUCAUGAUUUUGGGCAUACAAGAAAAGGAAGGCAUGCUAUCCAUGGUUCCCUUAAUGUAUCUUCAUAUGAUGGUGGACGUAGAAUAAAAUCUCGAUCCCGUAGAGAUAUUGGUGAUCCGUCAUCAUUUGAUGAACGAUUAGUUGGUGCCACUGGCAUGAUGAAAGAUACUAAGAAGAAGAAUCAAAAUUUGGUCAAAUUAGCUAAAUCAAUUGGAUUAAAAGAAGUAAAUGAUUUAAUUAUUAUAGAUGCUCAAGAGAAAUUAUUUACAUAG